GCAGAUAACUCUAAAUUAGUCAACACCAUCUUGACAUCGAAGUUGUAAUCUUAUUCAUGUUUUCAUAGAAAAUUGAUCCAUGAUGAUUCGAUAUUGUUCUGCUCCCCAGAUUGGAAAAUAGUUAUGUCUUUACAGUCGGGACAAUGGCAGCUACACUCAUUAACAACGGUCUUAGCAGGAUCAGCUGUAAAAUUACACUGACUGCAGUUACGAUAGCCGCAUUUGUCCACACUCUUGUUGAGGCUUCUGCUGGUGACAGAUCUUGGAUAUUUCAGAAAUGUCUGUAUGCAUGCCAGAAAACCGACUGUCGAGAUGAACACAAAUACCGGCAGUCCCAGCCCUUGUACAUGCAGCUGCUACAGUGGAGCUGCAUCGAUGAAUGCAAGUACGACUGUAUGUGGAAGACGGUGGACGCCUUUCACAACGACAAUAGCAAUGUUCCACAGUUCUAUGGAAAGUGGCCGUUUGUCAGACUGUGGGGGAUGCAGGAACCAGCAUCAGUAGUAUUUUCUUUGCUAAAUGGUCUCGGUCAUCUUGGCAUCUUCUAUUUCCAGUCAAAAGUACCAAAGUCUACACCCAUGUAUUAUGUUUGGCAUGGUUCUGCUAUUAUUUCUGCUAAUGCUUGGUUCUGGUCCAUGGUGUUUCAUACAAGAGAUAAAGAUUUUACGGAGAUGAUGGAUUAUUUCUGUGCAUUUUCGCUCGUCGUUUAUACUCUAUUUGCUUUUGGUUGUCGUGUGUUGGAUACGAAGAAACGAUGGCGUAUUGUAAUACUUGGAAUUUGUCUUGGUGGCUUUUAUCUGUCACACAUAGCGUAUUUAGGUUUGGUUAAGUUUGACUAUGGGUACAACAUGAAAGUCAAUAUUGCUACAGGCUUUGUAAAUAUGUGUGCUUGGCUGCUGUGGUGCUAUCGACAUAGGAGGAAACAGCCGUAUGUUAUAAAGUGUGCCUUUGUGAUAAUCGGCCUUAACAUCAUGCUUCUGCUUGAAGUCUUUGAUCUGCCCCCAUACCUGUGGGUUUUUGAUGCUCAUUCACUGUGGCAUGCUGGCACUAUUCCACUAUUAUAUCCAUGGUAUAGUUUUCUCACAGAUGACUGCCUUUAUCUCCAUACUAGAGAGCAAGAAGAUAUUUACAAACUAGAUUAGCGACAGUCAGUGACAGUUGUCACCACCUUUAUCUCCAUACUAGAGAGCAAGAAGAUAUUUACAAACUAGAUUAGCGACAGUCAGUGACAGUUGUCACCACCUUUAUCUCCAUACUAGAGAGCAAGAAGAUAUUUACAAACUAGAUUAGCGACAGUCAGUAACAGUUGUCACCACCUUUAUCUCCAUACUAGAGAGCAAGAAGAUAUUUACAAACUAGAUUAGUGACAGUCAGUAACAGUUGUCACCACCUUUAUCUCCAUACUAGAGAGCAAGAAGAUAUUUACAAACUAGAUUAGCGACAGUCAGUGACAGUUGUCACCACCUUUAUCUCCAUACUAGAGAGCAAGAAGAUAUUUACAAACUAGAUUAGCGACAGUCAGUGACAGUUGUCACCACCUUUAUCAGGCUAUUACACCGCUGCCAUUGAAUUAGGGUUGUUCGAGAAUUUAUCACAUAGAGAGGAGGAAGGCAUUUUGUUUUAUAAAACUCCUCACCCAUAUAAAACUUCAUUAAAUUCAUCUAUACAUAGAAAUAAAAUGCAGCAGAGCCACCAAGCUUAAAACAAUUGUUACAGUGGGUUUUUUUUUAAUUAAACAGAUUUAUUACUUAGAUUUAUUACUUUUAUAUGUCAUCUAAAAUAUAACCAUUUGUUUUACUCUAUGAGGAAUUGUAUAUUAUGUCCCUUACAAAAUACAUCAUUCCGACCAGUGCUCAACAACUUGCAAGUUGCAUAUAUAUCUUCCUAUCUGUAAGAAAGUGUAUAUAAAAUUAUCUUACUGCAAAUGUGAAGGAGUGACUGAUAUAACCACUAUGGGUUUCUUUGUUGAAUUAGCUAACCAAGUUCUGUGAAUCAUGAAAUGUUUUAUUCGAAUAAUUAAUGUUAAAAUUGCA